AUGCCUCACAAACGCGCAAAGCACUCUGUCCGGGUCGAGGAGCACAAGAAGAAAGGCUUCAAUCACGACCCCAGCCCCUCUUCCACUCGAGACGACACCCCUCGCUCCGCCAGCCGGAUCCUCAAUGCCCUCACCUCGCGCGAAAAGUUCCGGGAACGCGGCGGGCGCUCCGGGGAGGAUACGGGCGAAUUUCGGCCAAAGAAGAAGAAGCAGUCUGCGGCGGGAACUACAGAGCCGGUCUCGGCGUUCGCGAAAGAGCCGGUACUAGUCAAAGGGAAGGAGAAGGAGAAGGCGACAGAGAAGGGGAAGGACAAGAAGGCAGAGGCGAUCCCGUCGAUUCUCCCUCAUGAGAAACUGGGGGACUACAAUCGGCGGAUAGAGGCUAUCCUUCGGCCAGGGGUGAACAAGGCGAUCAAGACGGCCAAGUCGGCCAGGGCGGAUGCGGUCAAGGCGGCCAAGGAGAAGAAGGGGGCUCCGGCGGGUACGGGGACUGCUGCGGCCGAGGAGGAUGCGGCGGGAGACGGGAAGAAACGAAAGCGGUCAACGGAAGAAGGGGACUAUCUCGAACCAGAAAACAGACCGGUCAAGGUCUUUGCGCCCAAACCUGCCCCUCGGCGGCUCAACGAUAUCGCUCAGGCCCCACCACAAUUACCUCAACUGCGUCGAGCGACCAAGGUGGGCGCGGAGGGACAGAAGGGCGCGAGUGUAUUUACGACAUUGGGGAGGGAUCCGCUCAAUGCAGGACAGAAGAGGCUGUUGGAGGAGGAAAGGGAGAGAGUUGUUAAGCGGUAUAGGGAGAUGAAGGAGGAAAGGGAGGCGGUCGCCCGGGAAGAGAGGAAAGAGAGAGAGAAGGAGAAAACGAAGGGGAAGGGAGGGAAGAAGAAGGGCGGGACUGUUGGUAUGGGCUCGGAGAAGGACUAG